CCUACACUCGCCUCAGCGACACGGGGCUCAUGGGCGCUGACAUACUGAGAUGAAUUCAAACGGCAGGGUGCCGUAUCUGGUAAAAGCAAUAACAGCAAUAACAGCAAUAACACCCGACUUCCGGGCAGGCAGAGGGAUUUUCACCUUAGGUGUGACCUCACACUGGAGUUAGGCUCUCUGCCUCAGUCGGUGGAUUCCGUUCCUAGCCAACAAGUAUUUCCACUCUUAUUAUGGGCAAGGCGCUUCAGUCUCUUAUCGAUCGUACCUACAGAAGCCCACAGCCCUAUUCUGGAGAUGCCCGAGUUGACGCAAACGUUCUGGUGAGAUUUCCAGAGAGGACAGAGAUCAUCUCAGCAAAUCGCUAUGGCACAUCGAACUUUGCGGCCACAGUUCAACUGCACCUCAAGUUUCCAGAUGGCUCCGAUCAGCAGUACUUGCUGAAGUAUGCACCAGGGGCAAACGGCAGGACCACCCUGGAAGGAGAAUAUAACUCCAUAUCUGAGUUAUAUAAGUGGGUGCCUGAUCUUGUCCCCAAGCUACAUUCAUGGGGCAGAUGCACCCUUCAAGAACCGGAGUCCUAUUUUCUUCUGGUCGAGUUCGUCGACUUUAUUGGGGGCAUGCCGGACCCAGAGCAACUCUGUACUAAAAUCGCCCGACUUCAUCGCGAGAGUCGCUCCCCAAACGGCCAAUUUGGCUUCCACAUCACAACCUGUCUAGGUCGUACACAGCAGCUUGUAUCAUGGGAACAGGUUUGGACGACGUUCUUUAUGAAACUGCUCCGACAUGCCAUAGAGGUAGACGUCCAAGGAAAUGGGCCCUGGGAAGAGCUCGAUAAGUUGGAAAAACGUCUGGUAACUCAGGUCGUACCUCGCUUGCUUGAUGCUCUUGAGGACAAGGACGGCAAAGUUAAGCCCAGUUUGAUUCAUUCCGAUCUGUGGGAGGGAAAUAUCGGCGUAUCAUCUAAGAAUGGCGACAUAUAUAUCUUUGACGCGGCUUGUUUCUAUGCCCACCACGAAAUGGAGGCGGCCUACUGGCGCCCUCACAUGAACAACAUCAGCGACAGGCUUUACAUGAGCACAUAUCUCCGGCAUUUCAGUCCGAGUGAGCCCAAGAACGAGUGGGACGAUAGAAAUCGACUGUAUAGUGUCUAUUAUAAUAUCAUAUAUUCAGCAAACCACCUCAGUCAAGGCAGACGGGGACGCGAGUUAGCGUACCGGGAUAUGUAUCACCUCGUCGACAAGUUUGCCCCAUUUUCGAAUGGAGAAGGAGUGCCGAGAUUGAAUGAGUCCGAAUUGACACAUAUUUCCACUCAGAGGGAUCUCGAAGCAUCCAUGGAGGAAUCGUUGCGGCUUCUAAGCCUCAAUUAG